AUGGAUUGGCAACCUCAAGAAGAGCCAUUGAGGCAGCUGGCCUGCUGCCUAAGGGACUCACUCAAUGGCCAAAAUCCCGAGCUCCGAAAACAAGCUGAACAGAUGCUUAGCCAGGCGCUUUCAUCUCCGGACUAUAUCAACUACAUUACAUACAUUUUCUCGACGCCGCAUGCUCCGCCCAAUGCUGGGAUGGACGAUAAUGUCUACAGCUAUGUGCGAUUCGCCGCAGCCAUGAACAUUAAAUCGAAGCUUUAUGUGGCAUAUCAUAGCAUUCCUACCGAGAGUCUGAAUUUCCUUCGAUCCGCUUCCCUGAUCGCCCUGCAGGACGGUAACUCACAGGUUCAAAGAGGUGCCGGCAGUCUGAUCACUGAGCUGGUACAACGUGGUGGAUUAUUGGCCUGGCCGGAGGUUUUGAACCAGUUGCUUUCUCUCGUUGGUAACUCUCCGGGAAAUGUGUCGGUUGCUGCCCAGGAAGCUGCGAUGUCUGCUCUCUUUAAGGUCUGCGAAGAUAACCGCAAGAUCUUAGACCGCGAUUAUCAAGGACAACGCCCGUUGGAUGUGAUUAUUCCUAAGCUUCUGGAAUUCACUGCUCGCGAGAGUUCUAGGAUUCGUUCUCUUGCUCUGAGCAGCAUUCAGAUUUUCCUUCCGCAUCAACCUCAGGCGUUGAUGAGUUCGCUCGAUAUUUUCUUGUCGCACCUGUUCAACUUGGCUGGAGAUCAGGAUACUGAGGUUAGGAAAGCGGUUUGUCAGUCGUUUUCGCAGCUUGUGGAGUUCGCACCUGAGAAGCUGAUCCCACACAUGGAGGGUCUGGUUGGCUAUAUCCUUGUGCAGCAGCAGAAUGGAGAGGACCCUGAGCUUGCUCUGGAUGCAGCGGAGUUCUGGAUUGUAUCGGGUGAGCAGGAGCUCCUGCAGGAAGCUCUAGGCCCGCAUAUGUCUAAGAUUAUCCCCGUGCUUCUUCAGAACAUGGUCUAUGAGGAGGAGGAUGUUAUCCGUCUCAUGGACAACCAGGAUGACGCCGACACCGAGGAUCGUGCGGAGGAUCUGAAGCCCCAAUUUGCCAAGAGCAAGGCUGGUCGUCUUGAUAUGUCAAAACAGGGUGAUCAAGCCAACGGCGGCCAACAGCAGCCCGGAGAGGAAGAAGAGGGCGAACUGAGCGAAGGCGAAAUUGAAGAUUCGGAGUUUGGAGACGACCCCGAGGAUGAGUGGACUCUGCGGAAGUGCUCUGCUGCUGCGCUGGAUGUAUUCUCAAAUGUCUACCAUGAUCCCAUUUUCGAGAUUAUUCUGCCAUACCUCAAGGAGACUCUGCGACACGACCAGUGGCCCAACCGCGAGGCCGCCGUUCUCACAUUGGGUGCCGUUGCAGAUGGCUGUAUGAACGCCGUUAUGCCUCACCUGCCCGAACUGGUUCCGUACCUGAUUUCCCUCCUAAGCGAUGAACAACCUGUUGUGCGCCAGAUUACCUGUUGGUGUUUGGGACGGUACUCGGAGUGGGCUUCGCACCUGAACGAGCCAUCUCAGAAGCAUCAAUUCUUUGAGCCGAUGAUGGAGGGUAUUCUCCACCGCAUGCUUGACAACAACAAGAAGGUGCAGGAAGCUGCCGCGUCUGCGUUUGCCAGCUUGGAGGAGAAGUCAGAUGAGAACUUGGCACCUUACUGCGAGCCUAUUCUCCGUCAAUUCGUCCAAUGCUUUGGAAAGUAUAAGGACCGAAACAUGUAUAUUCUCUACGACUGUGUCCAGACCCUCGCUGAAUGUGUCGGAGGUGACCUGGCCCAACCCCAACUGGUUGAUAUUCUGAUGCCUGCCUUGAUCGAUCGAUACAACCAGGUGAACGACCAGUCUCGCGAACUCUUCCCGCUGCUUGAAUGUCUUGGAUACAUAGCUGCAGCCUACGAGGAUGCCUUUGCGCCUUUCGCUCCACCACUCUUCCAACGUUGCGCCACAAUUAUCUACCAGAACCUUGCAGACUCCCAUGCCUCCGCAAACAAUGCCGCCGUUGAUGAACCCGACAAGGAUUUCCUGGUUACUAGCCUGGACCUUCUCUCCUGCAUUAUUCAAGCCAUCGACAAACAAAAGAGCAGUGAACUUAUCGCCAAGUCCAACCCGCCAUUCUUCGAGCUUCUUUCCCUUUGUAUGCAAGACCCCAACUAUGAAGUUCGCCAGUCCUCAUACGCUCUUCUGGGCGACUGUGCCAUCGGCAUCUUCCCUCAAAUGGAGCCAUUCGUUCCUGAAAUCCUGAAGCACCUCAUCAAGCAGCUUGACUUGGAUUUGAUCCCCGAUGAUGAUCGUCACACCGGAUUCAGCGUAUUGAACAAUGCCUGCUGGUCUGUUGGUGAGAUUGCCGUUAAGGAGGAGAAGGGUGCCAUUGUGCCAUACAUCGACUCAUUAUACCGUGGUCUUUUAAUUAUCAUCAACAGCGAGGAUAUCAUUGACUCCGUCAACGAGAAUGCCGCCAUGGCACUUGGCCGUCUUGGCCUGUGUUGCUCUGACCAGCUGGCUCCACGAUUGAGCGAAUAUGCCAAUCCCUUCCUGAAGUCAAUGGGCAAGAUCGACUUCAGCCGCGAGAAGGCAUCCGCACUCCUUGGCUUCAACCAAGUGGUGAUGAAGAACCCUCAAGCUAUGGAGUCAUCCCUUGGAACUUACUUCGCGGCCAUUGCCGCUUCCACAACCAAGUCGCUCUCAACAAACGAGGACUACCGGGAUAUUCAAAGCUCAUUUCAACAGGUUUUGCAAGGCUAUAAAAAUAUGAUACCCGACUUCGAUUCGUUCCUCUCACAGUUGCCUUCUCCCGUGAGUCAGAAGCUGCGUACAGCCUACCAGGUAUAG